GAUCUUCUCUUGAUCAAAGCUCUUCACUCACCAAAGCAUUAGAUACAUUUUACUUCUCUUCUUUUUCUCUUUAUAUCUGUCAUCUUUAGCUUUGUCAUAUCGAAAUGGCCACUGUUGAGGUUGAACAAGUGAUUGCUCCAGUAGCAGAGAACGUUGAGGUACCAGCAAAUGCAGUGGAGGAGCCAGACGUAGAGACCAAACAACCCGAAGAAGUCGUCGCCACGACAGACUCUGCUGCUGCUCCAGCCGCCCUAAAAGAACAAGAAGCCGAAGCCGAAGCACCAGUCGUAGAAACGAGCAAAGAAGUGGUUGUGGAAGAGGCAGAGAAAAAAGAUGAAGAAACAGAAGAGCCAAAGGUAGAAGAGAAAGAAGAGAAGACGGAAGCUCCGGUGGCUGUGGAGGAGGCAAAGAUAGAAGAGAAGGAGGAGGUGACUGAAACUCCGGCGGUUGUGGAGGAGAAGGAGAAGACUGAGGCUGAGGAAGUUGUGGCUGCUGGGGAAGUCGCCGCCGAGAAGGCCGAGGAGUAAAGAGGAAGAAACAAUAUAUGACCUUCUUUGGUCUCAUUUCGUUGUUAAAAAGAAGAUUCUUCACAAAAUUUCAUAAGUAUUUUCUAUCGUUUGUUAUGAUGAAAUGAUAUUUGGUUAUGAUGAAAUGAUAUAUUUUGGGAGUUUUGAUG